AUGACGAAGCAGCAGCGAGAAGAACGGGAGCGAUCCCUGGCCAGCAAGCUCGCGGACGCUGAGAAAGAAGUGAAGACGCUUGAGAGAGAAAACCAAGUCCUUAAGGCACUUGAGAGAGAAAACCAAGUCCUUAAGGCACAAGUAGACCCCAAAGAUGUGAAGACGAUAGAAAAGGAGCUGCAGCAGGAGCACGACCAGCUGAUGCUGGAAAGGAGACAGGAGAUGGAGGCCCUCAAGGAGAAGAUACAGAGACUGGGCACGCUUGUUACUGAGCUGCAGCAGCAGCAGCAGCAGCAGCAGCAGCAGCAGCAGCACGGAGUUCUAGCCACCAUAUUUGGCUGCAGCUGCGGAGGGCCCAACGAUGACGCCAACACAGAGCAAACCAUACAUCCAUCUCGAUAA